UAAUUGCGGCGUCGUCAAGUAGUAGAGCACAGAGCAAAUAUUCAAAUUUUUUGGAAACCGUCUUUCUGCUCUGCUUCGAGUCUUCUAGUCGUGGUAUCAGCGCGCGCUCGAGUCGCUCAAUUUUUUGGGUAUAAAAAGCGUCGCGAUUUUGGAAAAAGUAUGUCAGUUUUAUUUUAAUCAACCGACAGUGAGAAUCUAAUCAGCUUAAGCACACAAUGAGUCCAUUUGUUUUUGCCGCUGUUCUGUCCACUUUGGCACUCUCCGCCAAUGCUGGUAUUGUUGCUGGUCCCGCGCCCCUCGCAUAUGCUGCCGCACCUGCUUCACCAUUUGCCUAUGCCGCCGCCCCCUUCUACGCUCGUUAUGCCGCUGCUCCAGCACCUUUGGUUGCUGCUGCUGCUCCUGCACCCAUUGUGAAACCAGUUGUUGCCAGACAAUUCGCCGCUGCGCCAGCACCACUUCUUGCUCCCCGCGCUUUUGCUGCUCCAGUUGCCGCACCGCUCGCUGCCGCCCCUGCUCCAUUAGUUGCCGCAGCCGCUCCUGCACCACUAGCUGUCGCUUCAGAUAUUGUUGACCCACACCCACAGUACAGUUACGCCUACAACGUGCAGGAUACUCUGACCGGUGACUCAAAGACCCAAGAGGAGACACGCGAUGGUGAUAUCGUACGCGGCUCAUACUCGCUCAUCGAACCCGAUGGUUCCCGUCGUAUUGUCAACUACUACGCUGAUUCCAUCAACGGUUUCAAUGCUGUCGUACAGAAGGAUGUGCCGGUGGCUGCUCUUGCACCCGUCGUCGCUGCCAAGUCUCUUGCUGCCCCCAUUGUAGCCGCGCCAGCACCAGUUGUUGUUUAAGCCGCACGGAAGGAAACAGGCCGGAUUAUUGACCAUUGACCUAUCGAUUACCAACGUACCGACACCCUCUUGUCCAAAUGUCAGCUAAUUGUUGAGUUGCGAUUGCCUUGCCGAUUGAAUGAGGAGCGCUGUGCGCGCCAAAUAUGGGCGGAACAAGGCAAUUCAACAGGGGACAUCCAUUUGUAAAUAAACUAGAAAUACUCAUUGUCUUUGUUGAAAACUUUCAUCGUUAAUAAAAAAAAAUUGAU